AUGUUUAUCCCUUACAGGACACAAGAACAAGGUAACUCAGUCGAGUUGUGCGAAGCUUUCAUCAAAAUGAGCCAACUGCUACGACUUCCUCAGGCAAAACCAAGCAUCUUCAAAGGAGACGAAGAGGACAAAACAAAAUUUUUCCUAUGGCAAACUGUAUUUGAUGCCUUGAUCGGAUCAGCACCAGUUACACCAGGACAGAAGUUACAUCUCCUAUACCAGUAUUUAGAUGGUAGAGCGAAGAGUACAGUUGAGCAACUCCAGUAUAUGGUUCGAGAUCCAGAGACAGCGUACCAACGAGCACGAAGCAUUCUUAAAGAUCGGUUUGGUAAUAAUGCAAUUCGUGGAGCACAUUUUGAGAGGAGAUUAAGUGCUUGGCCAAAGAUAAGCCCAAGCGACAAAGAAGAAUUCAGCGAUUAUCUACAACAGGUACAUAUCGCAUCAGAGAACAUCAGUAGCUCGAAAGUGUUCAAAUUCCCCUCGCAAAUCCAAUUAUUGUUGCCUGGUUGGUUCAAAGCUAAAUGGUCAGACAACAUAAUAAAGCUCCAGAGAGAGAAAGGAAAGGAUGCCUUCCCUUCUUUCAAUGAUUUUGCUGAAACCGUGAAGUAUCAUGCAGAAAGAAUGAUGAUUCCACAAAUCCUCCGUUUAGGUAGCUUAAGAUAACCAACAAAACCAUUUACACGUCGUCCUGGCGGCCGUAACUGAGGGAUCGUCAACUUGACGUGAUGAAAAUGAUGAAGAGCAGGCACAAAAAAACGAAAACCAAAGGUCGACUUAUUGUUUCUACCACAAAUACGCAACUAACGACUGUGAACAGCUUCGAAGGCUAAGUUUUAACGAGCGCAAGGAUUUUUUAAUGAAGAGUAGGCUGUGCGUAGAGUUCAAUUGCGUAAACUCAAACCAGCACAUCGCCAGAAGCUGUAAUGAAGGUAAACAAACCUGCAAGAUUUGCCAAAACAUGCAACGCAUCCAACGGAACACGAACCCUCUCCAGGAACCGAGCAAACACUUAAUGCAUGUGCAAAAAUAUCUCGCCCAAACCGGACGUCACGUUCCUGCGCCAAAAUAGUACUCCUCCGAGUAUUUCAAGAGUCCCAACAUACGCCAUUUUGGACGAUCAAUCGACCGAUGUCUUCCUUACGGAUUCGCUCCUCAGUCAGUUGCAAGCAAAAGGACAGGAUGUCAACUUGAAAAUCAACACUAUUUAGGGACAAAUUCAGUCCGUACUAAGAAGGUAAAUGGUUUACGCGUUCAAGAUGCCGAGGGUCGUCAUCAGCCCAUAAAGAUUCCUCAUGCCUAUUCGCGAGAGAAUGUCCCAGCAAGCCAGCUCGACAUCACAACGCCAGAAAUAGUGUCAAAUUGGAAACAUCUCCAAGAGAUCAGUCGGCAUCUCCACCAUCGCCCAGACCUAGAAAUUGGGAUGUUGAUAGGUCGGAAUGUGCCAUAUGCAUUUCAACCCCUACGCAUGAUCUGUGGCAACGAGGACGAGCCAUGGGCUGAAGAAUACAAGUUUGGAUGGACGGUUAUCGGCUGUGCCGGAAAAGACGGUGAAUAUACCCAAGAUCGUGCCGCAGUGAACCGAGUCACAGUAACCGUGGAAGAACCUGAAACAUUCCUCAGCAUUCUAUCGAGUAACAGCAACGUAGACAGAUCGAUCGCCUUUUUUGCUACUAAUUGCCAUAAGAAAGAUGCCACCAGCCCGGAGCAACUCGGGGAAACGACGCAACUGGACUACACGGAGCUGCACUAUAGUCGCACAGUUCGCGAAACCGAAGAAGUCGAAUCAAUCGAAUCCCCAUUAGUCGUAAGUAACGUCAUUGUGUUCAUAUAUUUGUAA